AUGAGGUUCCUUUACUUCUUCUUUGCUGUUGUCGUCCUCCUUUUCCAGAUUUGCCCAGGUUAUACUCAGUUUCCUCCUGCGGACGACACCGUGCAGUGCAGAGCUAAGGGUUUUUGUAAACUUGGAGAAUGUCCACCAGAAACUGUAGAAAUUGGAACAUGCCAUGGUGGAAGAAUGUCUUGCUGUGCAAAGUAA